AUGAAUUCUAUUCGCCAGGUCCAGGCGCUCAAUAAGCGUGAGCUUGAGCAUGCGAUAACCCCAGAGGCAUCAUGGCACGCAGACUACCGCGACACAGCCUAUAUCUACAUUGGAGGACUUCCAUUUGAUCUAUCCGAAGGAGAUAUUAUCACUAUCUUUUCACAAUAUGGAGAACCGGUGCAUGUCAAUCUAGUCCGCGACAAGGAAACGGGCAAGAGCAAGGGAUUUGCCUUUCUGAAAUAUGAGGACCAGCGCAGCACAGAUCUUGCUGUGGAUAACCUCGGUGGUGCAACUGUUAUGGGCCGUUUGCUUCGAGUAGAUCAUGCGCGCUACAAACGGAAGGAUGACGAAGAAGAGCAGGACAAUGUCGCCAAGUUGAUGGGAGAGCCAGCUGUCAGCGAGAACAAGAAGGACAAGGACAACGACAGGAGAAGGAGGGCCGAAAUAGAGGAGAGGCGACCUAUGCUGAAAGAGGAGAAGGAGCUAGAAGAAUUGAUUCGGAACCAUGACGAGGAAGACCCGAUGAAAGAAUUCCUCAUUGAGGAGAAGAAAGAAGAGAUCGCUACUGCAAUCCAGUUGUGGCACAGCACCAAGAAGUCAUCUCGGCGACGUGACGACAGCAGAGAACGGUCAAGCAGGCGCCACCGCCGGCACCGCUCCCGUUCUCCUCGCGAGCGAAGACAUCGAGACGAUCGUUCUCCAGAUAGGGACAGGCGAUCUCGCUAUAGGUCAUCCGAAAGAGGAGAGAAAUCUAGAAGGGACCAAUCGCCGAGGAAAUCGCGCUCGCCCGAGUCCCGAAGACACCGAAAUGAUCGGGAUAGACAUGAUCGCCGCCAUUGA